AGCUAAGGUCGGGACAAGACAGAGUGAAGGUCCCCUGGCAUUGAUGUUACAGAAGAAUUCGGUAGUAAGGGGCUUCUGGCGGGUGGCAUGUGCUAUCUGAGCGAGUGGCCCAAAUCCUUCCUGAAAGCAUUUAUCCGGCACUACAGCCACCAUCAGGUGGAUUUUCUGAUUGAAAAUGAUGCAGAGAAGGACUAUCUCUAUGAUGUGCUGCGAAUGUACCACCAGACCAUGGACGUGGCCGUGCUCGUGGGAGACCUGAAGCUGGUCAUCAAUGAACCUAGCCGCCUGCCUCUGUUUGAUGCCAUUCGGCCCCUGAUCCCACUGAAGCACCAGGUGGAAUAUGAUCAGCUGACCCCCCGGCGCUCCAGGAAGCUGAAGGAGGUGCGUCUGGACCGUCUGCACCCCGAAGGCCUCGGCUUGAGCGUGCGUGGUGGCCUGGAGUUUGCCUGUGGGCUCUUCAUCUCCCACCUCAUCAAAGGCGGUCAGGCAGACAGUGUCGGGCUCCAGGUAGGGGACGAGAUCGUCCGGAUCAAUGGAUAUUCCAUCUCCUCCUGUACCCAUGAGGAGGUCAUCAACCUCAUCCGAACCAAGAAAACUGUGUCCAUCAAAGUGAGACACAUUGGCCUGAUCCCCGUGAAGAGCUCUCCUGAUGAGCCCCUCAAGUGGCAGUAUGUGGAUCAGUUUGUGUCAGAGUCUGGGGGGGGGCGAGGCAGCCUGGGCUCCCCCGGAAAUCGGGAAAACAAGGAGAAGAAGGUCUUCAUCAGCCUGGUGGGCUCCCGGGGCCUUGGCUGCAGCAUUUCCAGCGGCCCCAUCCAGAAGCCUGGCAUCUUCAUCAGCCACGUGAAACCUGGCUCCCUGUCUGCUGAGGUGGGAUUGGAGGUGAGUGACACUGGACCGGCCCCAGUGGGGGCCCACUGGAAACUGGGUCAGACUGUGAUCCCGCGAAGGAGAAAAGAAAUUGCCCAGAAGGCAGCAGAGGAAAAUGAGAGAUACCGGAAGGAGAUGGAACAGAUUGUGGAGGAGGAAGAGAAGUUUAAGAAGCAAUGGGAAGAAGACUGGGGCUCAAAGGAACAGCUACUCUUGCCUAAAACCAUCACUGCUGAGGUGCACCCAGUACCCCUUCGCAAGCCAAAGUCUUUUGGGUGGUUUUAUCGUUACGAUGGCAAAUUCCCAACCAUCCGGAAGAAAGGAAAAGAUAAGAAGAAAGCCAAGUAUGACAGCCUGCAGGACUUGAGAAAGAAUAAGAAAGAACUGGAGUUUGAGCAAAAGCUUUACAAAGAGAAAGAGGAAAUGCUGGAGAAGGAAAAGCAGCUAAAGAUCAACCGGCUGGCCCAGGAGGUGUCUGAGACAGAGCGGGAAGACCUUGAAGAAUCGGAAAAGAUUCAAUAUUGGGUGGAGAGGCUCUGUCAAACGCGCCUCGAGCAGAUUUCAUCUGCUGAUAAUGAGAUUUCAGAGAUGACCACAGGGCCCCCACCUCCUCUGCCUUCUGUGUCUCCCCUGGCCCCACCCUUGAGACGCUUCGCAGGCGGACUGCACCUGCACACCACUGACCUGGACGACAUCCCUUUGGACAUGUUCUACUAUCCCCCCAAGACUUCCUCUGCCUUGCCUGUGAUGCCCCACCCUCCACCCUCCAACCCACCCCACAAGGUCCCAGCGCCCCCUGUCCUUCCCUCAUCUGGCCACGUGAGUGCCUCGUCUUCCCCAUGGGUGCAGCGCACUCCACCCCCCAUUCCCAUCCCUCCCCCUCCAUCCAUUCCCACCCAAGACCUCACUCCCACCCGCCCACUGCCCUCGGCACUGGAAGAAGCAUUGGGCAACCACCCCUUCCGCACUGGGGACACAGGCAAUCCAGUGGAGGACUGGGAGGCAAAGAACCACAGUGGGAAGCCCACCAACUCCCCUGUCCCUGAACGGAGCUUCCCACCCACCCCAAAGACAUUUUGCCCAAGCCCACAGCCUCCACGAGGCCCUGGCGUGUCCACCAUCUCCAAACCUGUCAUGGUCCACCAGGAGCCCAAUUUCAUCUACAGGCCAGCUGUGAAAUCUGAAGUUCUGCCACAGGAGAUGUUGAAGAGGAUGGUGGUUUAUCAGACAGCAUUCAGACAAGAUUUCCGGAAAUAUGAGGAAGGCUUCGACCCGUACUCCAUGUUCACCCCAGAGCAGAUCAUGGGGAAGGACGUCCGGCUCCUACGCAUUAAGAAGGAGGGAUCCUUAGACCUGGCCCUGGAAGGUGGUGUGGACUCCCCCAUUGGGAAGGUGGUCGUUUCUGCUGUGUACGAGGGGGGAGCUGCUGAGCGGCACGGUGGCAUUGUGAAAGGGGACGAGAUCAUGGCAGUCAACGGCAAGACUGUGACAGACUACACCCUGGCGGAGGCUGAGGCUGCCCUGCAGAAGGCCUGGAAUCAGGGUGGGGACUGGAUCGACCUUGUGGUUGCCGUCUGCCCCCCAAAGGAAUAUGAUGAUGAGCUUGCUUCUCUUCCCUCCUCCGCAGCAGAAGGCCCCCAGCCGGUCCGAAAGCUCCUUGAAGACCGUGCUGCCGUGCACAGACACGGGUUCCUCCUGCAGCUGGAGCCCACGGACCUUCUUCUGAAGUCCAAAAGGGGAAACCAAAUUCCCCUAGAAAACAGUGAGCUACGGCCCCACCUCCUGAACACAAAGCCUGAGACCAGCCUUGAGAGAGGCCAUACUGCACACACCAGACGGCAUCCCUGGGACCUGAACCUAGCACCCAGGAAUCUCAAACUCUCUUUGGCCCUGAACCAGAGCCAGAUAAGGAACAGCUUGGGCCACUCUAAUGAAGGCCAACAUGGAGGAGAGGGAGCAGCCCGCUGUUUGGGAGAAGAUCUCAGGGAUCCAGACUCUCAUUCCUUUCCUCUGGCCCAGUGAAUUCGGUCUCUCCCAGCCCUGGGGGACUCCUUCCUUGAACCCUAAUAAGACCCCACUGGAGUCUCUCUCUCUCCAUCCCUCUCCUCUGGCCUCUGCUCUAAUUGCUGAUAGGAUUGUCACUGCAUACCUUACUCUGAGCUCAUUAAUAAAAUAAACAUUUCUUUUCCAGCUUA